UAAAAAAUGUAAAAAAACACUUUUUCCCAAUCAUAAAUUUGCUGUCUUUCCCUGUAAAUAACCUAUACAUAUUUUUUCAAAAGCAUUAAACAUUAACAUUAAAGCAUUAAAGUCACGAUCCUGUCUGAAAAAAUGAGCCAAUGUUUGCCGGAAAUACCUUGCAACGAUCCGACACUCUUUUGCCGAUUUUGUUUCGGCCAAGAUGACAUCAAUUGGGUAAUCAGAACAAGCGGUACGGAAAUUGACCAACCAUUUGUGAAAACUAUCGGACAGUGCCUAGGAAUUUGGCUGCAAUUGAAUGAGGAUUUCCCAUGUGCCAUUUGUAGCAUGUGCAGUUAUCGCUUGGAGCAGAUCGCUGAAUUUCGUACUACCAGUCACCUUUGUGAUGAAGCACUUCGUUCAAAAAGGCAGCAAGACCCAGGAGCUAUGGUGCUGUUCCAUGAUUAUCCUGUGGAUAAAGUGUUUUAUGAAUCGUGUCCCAGGAAUGACCCAGAUAUGGAGAAUGAAAUUCCACAAAUUAUAUUGCCUAGAUCUUUGGCAAAAACAAAAAAACUCGAAGCAGUCCAAAGUGAUGAACCUAAACUUGUGUCGAGAAAUCAAGAAAUUAAGCGACAGGAACUACAAAGUUAUUUGAAAUCAUAUCUCAAAUGGAAAGCAAUGAUAGAAAAAAACAAAGACGAUGAUGAAGUAACGGUAAUUGCCCCAGAAUCUUCAAGAUACCAUGUAGAAUCAACUUUCAGACAACACACAAAUUCUUUGGUUAAAAUUCGUAACACACGAAGGACAAUGAAAUCUGGAGUUGGUAUCGCUAAAAGAAUUAUAGGACAAAACCAGUGUCUUUUGUGCAGAAAAAAAUUCACAACGACUACCAAUCUAGAUCAUCAUGUGUCGGUAGCUCAUCCAAUAGGAGAUGGAACAAAUUUUUUUUGCAAGGAAUGCCCAAGAUCGUACAAAUCGUACUUCCACCUUAGACGACAUUAUAAUUCAUUGCACUCUCCACGAAAAGUGAGUGGACAACAUUUCAUGACAGAUAAAGUAACUAAUCUGCAUCACAAAAGAACAACCUACAGCAAAUCUCAAAAAGCUCCAUCAUCAAUGAUAAUCAACGAACAGCUUAGAGCGAAUGUUGAGAAAAAUGGUCGUUGCAUGGUUCUUCUAGAUCGAUUAUCUCAUGAAUUGAUCGAAAAGCAUCAUGGUCUCGAAACAGAUACCCAGGAUCCGAUUAACAAGAUUCUAGAUUCGGAUAAUAUCACCAAUCGAGGUAACUAUGAUGCUCAGAGAAAGAAAUGUAACAAAACAAAAGUAAUAACCACUGGAAAUUUGGUAAAACGGUCGCGGCUUUAUCAAAUUUGUCAUUGUGGUCUUUGCUAUUUUGUACUCGAGGAUAAACAACGUUUCCUGGAACAUCUGCAAUCUCAUAAUGAUCCGUUUAAAAUUAAACCACACGAAUGUGCUCAAUGUUUGAUCACACAAACUUGUAGCAGCCCUCCGACUAUUUUGGGAGAUUGAAAAGGUAACUAAGCUCUUUUUCGUAUGAUAACGUUAAGUUUUUUCAGCGCAAAAGUCGAACCAGAGACAAAAAGAUUUAAGAAGAAUUUAUAUUGUUGUGUAUUAGCGAGCACUCUUCGAAAGCCUGUUAUUCCAUAUCUUACAAGUUAGACACUGUAUCGAAGCUCAAUGCUUUUUAAAACAACUAAAGCGUACAUGAGAAUACUGACUGCUAAAAUAAACUUUUUCAGGUCCUAAGUAGUAGGUAGGUAAUUUUUUCGUUACGAAAAAAAUUGUAAUGCCUACCUUAAGUAAGCACAUUUCUAUUACAAUAUGCACAUUGAUUCGAGUUCAAUGGAAUACACACUUUCAAUAUUUUUUCUGUGAAACUUUCAUUUGAAUAAUACAAAUGUUAAUAAAAUUCUUAUUUUGA